AUGAAAAAGGAGACCACGGUACACGGCGCCCAAGAGAUACACGAUGUUUAUAUUACUGAACCCAGAAUGAUUAUCCACUCACAAACGGGAAUCCUACCUGUAGUUGUGCCCUACGCCGGCCGAUAUCCUGACGACAAGGAGCUGCUGCCUUUUGACAUUGAGUUUAUAGAUUCAACUGCCACGAUAAAAGAGACGGGAACAGGAACAAAACGUGUUUUUACAAACGAAACCGAAACUGUACAAGACAACAUUCUGGUAGAAGCCGUCUUGAGCUUUUGCAAUGGUGUGAAUGUCGUUUUGGCUUUGCCACAGAACGGUGGCGAUCAACAAGAUCAAUUCAUUUUUGAAAUAGCUCGAGCUGAGGAUGUGCAUCCGGAGUAUCAUGAUCCGCUAAAACCACGUUUCUGCAAAAAAAAAAAAUAG